AUGCAGGACCAGUACCUUGUAGAUAGAGAUGUUCUGAUACCCCCAGAAGAAAGAACCUUAGGGAAAUCUUUUGCCACAAGAGAUCAUUCAGGACAUGCACAACAGCAACUAGUGACAGAAACAUUUCAGUAUGUUCCAAUUUGCAAGUUACUGAAAAAAUACCUUGAACAGCCUGGUGUGAUGAAAGCGAUUCUAAGUCAGCAUAAUUCGCAGGAUGGAUGUAUUUUGAAGACCUAUCGCGAUGGAUUUCAUUUUCAGACAAAGCAUGUCAGUUGUGAAGAUGUCCCCACAAUCCCUUUACUCCUCUAUGCUGAUGACUAUGAGACAGGAAACCCCUUGGGAUCCAGGAAAGGCGAACAUAAACUGGUUGCAUUUUACAUCAGUGUCUUAAGCUUACCAAUAAAAUAUCAGGCUUCACUAAAUAACAUUCUGCUUGCUGCAUGUGCCAAGAGGAAAGUUGUUAACAAAUAUGGUAUAGACAGUGUUUUGUCAGCAAUAGUGGACGAUCUCCAGGUGCUUGAAAAGGAAGGUCUUGAAAUUUCAAGCACUGACUUCAAAGGGAUUGUAAAACCUGUUUUAUUUCAGGUUAUUGGUGACAAUCUGGGUCUCCAUGAAUUGCUUGGGUUUGUGGGAAGUUUCAGUGCUAAUUAUCCUUGUCGCUUUUGUAAGGCCCCAAAGGAAAUCAUCCGUAGACAGCUCACCCCCGACUCGGCACUUCUACGGAGCAAAGAGACCUUUCAUGAGGAUCUUGCCCUUGAUGAUACAUCAAGAACUGGAAUGAAACGUUCAUCAGAACUGAAUAAUCUAGAGCAAUUUCAUGUCAGUGAAAACUAUGCACCAGAUAUUACUCACGACUUCUUGGAAGGAAUCAUGCCAUUAGAAGUCAAACUGGUCUUGAAUUCACUCAUUGACAAAGGACAGGUUACACUUCAACAGGUGAAUGACCGCAUAUCUUCCUUUAACUAUGGGUUUGUAGACAAAAAAAACAAACCAAGUCCUAUCCCGCAAUCGGCGCUGAAGAAUCCUCGUGGAGCUAGCGGUCAAAAAGCUGCCCAGAUGCGAUGCCUGUGCCUUUAUCUUCCCAUCAUGCUUGGAGAUUUGAUUGAUGAGUCGUCAGAUGAAUGGGAAGUUCUACUAUUGGCUGUAGAUAUUUACAAGAUUGUAGUAGCCCCAUACAUCACCAGAUCAGCUACUUUUUUCUUGAAGGCCCUCAUUAAGGACCACCAUCAACUGUUCCUUCAAGUGUUUGAUGGAUCUCUUAUUCCAAAACAUCAUUUUGUUGUCCACUAUCCUCAGUUGAUUAGGUUACUUGGCCCACUUGAACAAUACUCAACAAUUAGGAAAGAAGCGAAACACAAACCUUUUAAGAGUUGGGCGCGUGCUUGCAAUAACUACAAAAAUGUGGCCAAGACUGUAUCAAGGAGACAUCAAGAACAACAAAGCUAUGUGUUUCUCCAAGGAAAGACCCUUUCUUGUGAGAUGGACAUAAAGAAUCAGUUUCCAGCCCAGAUAUCAACAUUUGAAGAAGCACAACAUAUUUGUGCUACACUUGAUUGUUCACAAGAUGAAUUCAUCCAUGUAGCAGAUAAACUGACUGUUCACAGCUAUGAGUUUAAGCUGGGGUGUUUGGUGUUGACAGAAUGGGAUGAAAACGGACCCGUGUGUGCUCAACUAAAGAAUAUCAUCAUACACAAGGCAGUUGCCCUGUUUGUCUUGCUUGUGUACGAAACAGAAUACUACAACAGACAUCUACAGGCAUAUGCUGUGUCAGAAUGUUCAAGAGCAGCAAGCACAGGACCUGGUGUCAUUACCAGCUAA